GGAUCCAAGUUGGAAUUGCACAUACGUCACAGAUCUUGACGAGUAGGACAUUAUCAUCAUCAUCAUCAUCGUCAUCAUCCAUGAUGAUGAUGAUGAUAAAUCACCGUUGACUAACAAUGACAACACCAACACCAACAUCAACACCAACACCAACACCGUUAACUAACACCAACAACAAGAACAAGAACAAGAACAAGAACAAGAACAACAACAACAACAACUCGGUUAUGUCCCUGGAAAGUGUUGGUGUCAUGUCUCUGGUCAUCGUGGCAAUGCCGUGGUGUCCUGUCUCUGGCCAUCGUGGCAAUGUCUCGGUUAUGUGCUUGCUUGGGUCCAUCGUGGCAAUGUCUCGGUUAUGUGCUUGCUUGGGUCCAUCUGUCCACGUAGAUUCUGAGCUUGGGGGUCCAUCGAACAUCGCACCGCGAACGCUCGCGGCGGUGAAGAAGAAGGCCAUCCACAAAACCACAACCACAGAUGAUAAGAGGUUGCAGGGCACUCUGAAGAGGCUUGGGCUCAACACCGUCCCAGGCAUCGAAGAAGUGAACAUCUUCAAGAAUGACAGUGUGGUCCACUUUGUUAAUCCCAAAGUGCAAGCUUCCAUAGGAGCGAACACGUAUGUCAUCAGUGGAGCUUCACAGACAAAGAAACUUCAAGAUCUGUUGCCUGGGAUCAUCAACCAACUUGGAGUGUGAUAGUGAUUGCCAUAACCCCUUGAGGUGGUGUACUGAUUUGCCGUCAGUGGAGACUCCGAAGCAUUGUGUUCGGCUAUUAUGAAGUUUGGAGGUUUGCUUUCGACAGACACUGCUUAGCUUUUGUGUGAUCUGGGAACCAUUCGGUGGACUUCCGGUUGACUUCGCUGGUCUUCGCUGCUGGUCUAUUGUGUGCAUGUGGAAGUGGAAGGUCCCAUCAUUCCGUUAGUUAGUCGUAAAGUCAUGACCAUUUGGUUUCUCUCUCUCCUGAAAGGAUUGUCAGGUGGAUUGUAGGUGGCUACAUGUAUCGCGCUGUUGGUUGAGUGAUGGCAGUGGAGUGUGUGCGUAGUCUGCUUGGGGAUAUAAACACUUUUGUGUUUUAUUAAUACGAUACGAUGUAGCAGAGGGAAGACGGAGUUCCGCGUCCAGGCCGGGAAAUGGCCAAGGUUGUGUGGUAUCUCUACGAGUCUGGGUGUGUGCCGGAAUAAUUUGUUUUCUGUCGAGUCGAGGUAGUCGGGAUGGGCGAAUGUUGGGAUGGCCCUGAAUGUUGUCUGGUCUCAGACCUGGACAGCGAGCUAGAGCGCGAGCUAGAGCGCUUGUCGAAUCGGCGUGUGCAGUCUGUAGGUAGUGUGGCCAAAUGUCGGGAAGCACCCUGACCUGUCUGUUGUCAGACCAGGACCACCGUCAGACCUGGACGGGCAGCUGGAGCGGUUGUGCGUCGAGAAGUGGAGAAUUUCCAGAAUUUAUUUGAAAAAAACUGGCGAAAAAAGUAUGCUGCGUGGAAGUGCUGUACGAGCAACUGUUGGCUGAGCGUCGUCGCAAAAUCUACUCAACAGUAUACUGAAGUUCAUCAGCCUCGGGCUCCGACACUGGUGUCGUGGCAGUUUUUUAUUUGGUCUCAAAAUGCUACGUUUGGUCGAUACCUUGUGCUGCGAAUGGUGGUUGGGUGAUCGUGGGAAAAGCCGUCGAUGAAAAAAAGUGCGCAGAUGGAUUGCGAGGUGCGCAGUAAUGUGUGUCAGUGUCAGAGGGUGAGUGUCAGAGGUUGCCAGGCUGUCAGACAGCCGGAAAGAGAAAGGGUGAAGUAUUCCUUUUCCCGAAAGGGAAAGGUUUUCUUUCAUUUCGUUUUCCGGUCGAAACCUGUGUGACCAGAGUGGCCAGGACAACUUCCUCGGCCAGGCCAAAAAUGAAUUAAAAAUUAAAAA